CAGAACAAGUGAAGUGUCUCGUUAAACGUGCGCGCGACCCUUCAACCGUUGCAGCUGCACGGCACGCCGCAGCUCGGCUUGAGGCGAAAGGUAGGAAGGAAGGAGGAGACCGGGGAGGGGAGGGAAAUGGCAAACUGCCACCGGCGACGACGGUGCGCCUGUUGAGGAGCUCCACGCGGACACACGCUCGCGUCCGGCUAGCCGUCAUGGACGACUCGGAGCCCGCAGAGGACGGCCUGCUCGCGGGUUUGCGCUGGAACCGGAGCGCGCGGGACCAAGCUCAGCUCAAGCACAAAAUCCGGGACCUCCCGGGACUACUAAAACACGGGCUGCACCUGCGGAAGAAAAGCCAAUCACCUGACACAAUCCCCGGACCAAGUGCUGGGCCGACGGUAAAUAAGUCAUGCUCCCAGAGUUUUCCCUGCGCUGGCCGUGCUGUGAGAAAUGGUUUCCUUUCCCAUGGACCGUACCCAGCUAAAGACAAGAUACAUUUGGCCAGAAUCAUACGAGUGUGUAUAUGCGGUUACCCGCGGCAACAGAUACGGCGCUAUAAAGGUAUUAGCACACGGAUGACGGUUACAUCAGAGUUCUUGGUUCAGCUCCUCACAGGGAUACACUACGCAUUGUGUAACGGAGAAGCGGAACUCGGAUCCAAAGCUUUGGAUGACGUCCUGUAUCGGGCCCAGCUCGAGUUGUUCCCGGAAGCGCUCUUGGUGGGCAACGCCAUCAAGUCGACGCAGCAGGGCGCGGCUCUGAAAAGCAACACCAAGGAGGGUGCACGUAGCAUCCAGGUGGAGAUCACACCCACCGCUUCCAGGAUCUCUCGGAAUGCUGUCACGUCGCUCUCUAUCAGGGGCCACCGCUGGAAACGACACGCAGAGUCCCAGGAGGUGAGUGUAGACAGUGAGGCCGCGCCGGGGGGCGUGGCCAUCCCCGAUAUCAGUGUGACGGGCGUGAGCAGCGAGCGAAUGCCCAACGGAGAAUCCCUGCGAGCGCGCUCCGACGGCCGCACCUACCCGGACGGCGAAACUUUGGGAGGUGCCUCCGAUGUCAGCCCGGAACCCCGAAGUCAUGAGUCCAGCAUGCGGGGGCAGGAGGUCAGGAGGCAGAAGUCUGUGAGGCGAAUGCUGGAAAACGAGAGUUCUGGGUCGGCCUCCAUAGGGAAGAGCCAGCACUAAGUUCUUCCUUCCCCUUGCCCCAAUCCUGGGGUAACCUAGACGCAGUGGAUCUGGGUUCCCCGGAUGAGCUGAUGGAUAUUUCGGAGGAGACGUCCGUCAAACGUCUCACGCUCACUUCGAGCCAGUCUGUGCCCAAAGCAGGAGCUCUCACCAGCUUGACACGCACGGCCAGCGCCGUGUUCUCUCGCUCUUUUGAGCAGGUAGCUGCCGGUACCACCCCGGCCCCUGGCAACCACACUGCCCCAGAAUCUGGCACUUAUUCAUGCAGCCUGCAGGAGGAAGGGACGGCCUAUUUAAACCACACGCAACGUUCGCCAAGUAUCAGCGCGCACCUUGGCUCGGACCUUUGAAAUGGUUUUAUGAUGAACCUUUGGAUUUGAUCCUGUGAUUCUGCACCAGUAACCUGGAGCUGUAAGCCAUGCCAACCACUAGGGACCACGAACAUUUUUUUUUCUUUUCCUUCGCUCCCAUGCUCCACUGCGGUGUUGUUCUUUCUGUGCCGGGGAGUUGAAGUCACUUUGCCGAUUUCUUUGACUCAUUCAUUGUAAACCACUGCCAUGUCAGGAAGAAAUUUACAAGCCUCUGACAAUAUAUACAUUUAAAGCGCAUCACUAACCACUGUGUGUCAAAGUAUUUGGAAAUGAGUUGGCAUGUGUUGCCUUUGCAUGCCUUUUCCAUACAUUCACCUUUACCUUGACCCCCCCCCCCAUGGAAGGAGAUGUGUGUGGGUGAGUGUUUUUCUUUUGUGUGUGUGUAUAAAAGCUGUUGAUUGAAUGAAAGUUUAAACCUCCGGAUUCAAAAAGAACAAUUUUCUUUGCUCCUUCCUCAUAGCAAUACAAACCGUACCUUCAGUGUUUAGACGAAUAUAUUUAAACCUAAACGACUUUGGUCUAAUAACAGAUAUUUUUAUGAAAGAAAAAAAAAUCCACAUUCUUCCCUAACAAGUAUGGAAAUCGCAAGUGUUCCAUUCUUAAUAUUUACAGUCAGUAUUGUUCUGAUGAGCAAGAUGAAACUCAACAUAAUUAGUCCAAUGAUGUUUUUGACUCUGGUGAGAGGGCUAUGAAGUAUCAGGGUUUGCACUUGAGAGGCUAAUUACAUAUUUAUAAAGGAGUAACUCUCACAGGUACCAAUCCCAAAAGAAGGUGUGUUACAUAUGUCUGUAAGAAAACCUGUGGAUUAUUUUAAUACCUCAUUUAGCCACCAUGCCAGGUAUUUGUAGUAUUUCUGACGUCUCUUUCCUUUUCUUCCAAGUCAACCCACCUCCAUCAAAUCAUCAUGCUAACACAAAGGUCACCUCCAUCCCCAGUGUAAACUGUCGUCUGUGUGCUAUUAACGGUUUGGUGUACAUAAUUUGAAAGGACAAUCCAUGUGUUUCAGUAUGUCAGUUUACAAAUUGUGACUGCUUCUGCUUUUGCUGUACAUCAUAUUGUUGUUCUUAAGAUGUUUUUACUGGCCUUUUUAUAUGUCCGAGGAUGUGCAGCUCAUUGCUUCUGGAAAUAAAGUGUUUCUUUUGA